ACGAUUGACAGCUGUCAAUCCAGUUCGAUUUCGAUUGCUUUACUUGAAUUUCGUAGACAUAGAAUGGACUGCAGUUUUUAUGUUUAAAACCUAAUAAUAAAGCUAUUAAUAUGUUUACGCGUUCAAGAUUAUUUCUUUCCAAAGCGCUGCCUUUAAGAAAUGCAUUUAAAACAGAAUACCAGAAUGAAGCGAAGUUCUUAUUCAGUGUUACUAAUACGCGACAUCGAUCCACGACUCCUCUCAAUACAAUAGUGAUGUUUGUGCCGCAGCAGGAGGCUUGGAUAGUGGAGCGAAUGGGCAAAUUCCACAGGAUACUAGAGCCAGGUCUGAACCUGCUGUGGCCAAUAGUCGAUAAGAUCAAGUAUGUGCAGAGCUUGAAGGAAAUUGCGAUAGAUGUGCCAAAACAGAGUGCGAUCACGGCAGACAAUGUCACUCUCAGCAUCGACGGUGUGCUGUACCUGAGGAUCAUAGAUCCAUAUCUAGCUUCAUAUGGUGUAGAAGACCCCGAAUUUGCCAUAACACAGCUGGCUCAGACCACAAUGCGUUCCGAGUUGGGUCAGAUAUCCCUGGACAAAGUCUUCCGAGAGAGAGAAUCCCUAAAUGUGUCUAUAGUCCAUGCCAUCAAUAAGGCCAGUGAAGCGUGGGGAAUUACGUGCCUAAGAUACGAGAUUCGCGACAUAAAGCUGCCCUCGCGCAUCCACGAGGCCAUGCAGAUGCAAGUGGAGGCGGAGCGUCGCAAGCGGGCGGCCAUCUUGGAGUCCGAGGGCGUUCGGGCCGCCGACAUCAACGUCGCCGAGGGCAAGCGGCAGUCGAGGAUACUUGCUUCUGAGGCGGAAAAGCAGGAACAAAUCAACAAGGCGUCGGGAGAGGCUGUGGCCAUGCUCGCGGUGGCCGAGGCGCGCGCCAAGGGGCUGCGGCUUGUCGGCCAGGCGCUGGGGCAAAAGGACACCCGACACGCGGCGUCGCUCACCCUGGCUGAACAAUACGUGGCCGCGUUCAACAAGCUCGCGCGCACCAACAACACGCUCAUCCUGCCCGCCAACGCGGGAGACGUCUCCAACUUAGUCGCACAGGCAAUGUCAAUCUACUCCACCGUCUCACAACACAACCUGCAAUCGCAGCAAGCGGACAUCGCUGAACCCUACGACGAUCCUCUACUAAAACUCCAUGCUCUAACAGAAAAGGGCACCACUCUAGCCGGACAACCUGUAGUGAACGAAGAAGACAGCCUAGCGGAAUACUUCUCUGACGACGAGGAGAGAGAGAAGGCACUACAAGCACAUAAGAAAGAGCAAAAAGAAAUAAAGUUAGAAAGAGAAACAUAAUCGUAGUAGCAGUAGAUUGGCUUGUUAAUAAAUUUACGUUAAUU